AGAAAUUUCCUUUGGCACGUUCGGUUGUCGAACGGUCGUCGUCGGUUCGUCGGGUUUGCCGUUUUUAACUUCAACUUCGGCUCUUUUUACGUUUUAACAUUAUUUUGAGGCAACAUUUCUCAACAUCGAUUACAACUUGUAUGUGUGUAAAAAAUGUGCAGUUAAAACAAUGAAAGCAUAAAUUCAAAGAAAAUAAAAAAAGUGAGAAUCCAGAGUUUAAAAAUCAUAAACGUCAAAAAGAAAGUUUAGCAAAUGUAAAGUGAAAGAAAUGAAUGAGUUGUGUUGAGCACAAACUAAAAAUUUAAAACUAAGCAGCGAACGAACAAAUGUGCAAAUCAUAAGCAGCAACAACAACAACAAUAAGCUAAAAAGUAAAGCGAGCGCAACAAAAGCAAAAGUGACGGGUGAAUAAUGUUGAGAGCGCCCACACAGCACAUUGUGGAACUCGGUUUCGGUACGUCAGCAGCAGCAGCAGCGACAGCUACCACAACAACAACAACAGCAGCGAGAACAAGCGAAAAGCAACAGCGCAAAACUUUACUGCAAAAGCUCAAACAGCAGCAGCAAAAGCUACACAACAACAAAGCAGCAGCACCAGCGACGCCAGCGGAAACGCAAGAGACAAAUCAAAAGAGAGCAGCGAUAGCAGCAGCAGCAGCAGCUGAUUAUUAUUUCAAGCAGCACCAGCACCAGCAGCAAACAAGUGAAAAGUGUUUGCUGUUGUUGGCAACAACAAUUACUGCAGACGAACAGCAGAAGAAGAAGAAGAAGGAGCAUACAAGUUACAGCUUUGCAGCUGCGCUGCGACGCAACAAGAAGCCAAAAACAAUAACAACAACAGCAAUUGUAACAGCAGCAAACGACGACAACAACAGCAGCAUCAGCAGCAGCAGCAGUAAUCAAAGCAGUCGCAGCAUUAACAGCAAUAACAAAAACAGCAACAACAAUAACAGUUUGUCUAAUAGUUGCAUUCACAACAACAACAACAACACAACUCAUUAUAAAAACAGUAAAAACAGCAGCAGCAGCUCCAGUAACAACUACAUCAAUAAUUACAAUUUCAAAACAACAAGUGAACAACAAGCGUGGAAAACAACAACAGAAAUAACAACAACAGUCGCUGCACAACAACAGCUGCUCAUUAAUAGAAACGGCAGCAGCAGCAAUCGACGCAAAACCAGCAGCAAUAACAGCAACAACAACAACAACACCAUGUCACCCACAUCACAGGCACCAACACGAACAUCUCUGUUCGAUUCCUGUCAUCGCAAGAUCCGUUUAAUUGGCGGCGGCCCAGUUGCCUUCUUGGGCGGUUUAGUGGCAAAAGCGCGUCGCAAAGAGCGCGAUGGCGAUCAAAAUUCAACAGAUACCAAAUUGUAUUUGGAGGAGAGCGUCUUGGAACGCAAACUACCUGAAGCUGAUCUCAAAGCCCUUGUCGAUCUUCCAGCUGGCUUGGAUUACAAUGAAUGGCUGGCCUCACACACUCUUGCUCUCUUCGAGCACGUGAAUUUGGUGUAUGGAACUAUUAGUGAAUUUUGUACACAAUCCGGUUGCGCCGACAUGACCGGACCCGGCAACAGAACGUACUUAUGGUUCGAUGAGAAGGGGAAGAAGACGCGGGUCGCGGCACCGCAGUAUAUCGAUUAUGUGAUGACCUUCACACAGAAGACGGUCAGCGAUGAAUCGAUAUUUCCAACCAAAUACGCGAAUGAGUUUCCCGGCUCGUUCGAGUCGAUCGCCCGGAAGAUUUUACGCUUGCAAUUUCAUGUGAUAGCGCAUCUGUAUGCGGCGCAUUUCCGAGAAAUAGCGCUGCUCGGCUUGCACACCCAUUUAAAUUUGACGUUCAUGCACCUGACGGCGCUGCAUCGUCGCUUCAACCUGAUCGACGAGAAGGAGACGGAUGUGCUGCGCGAUCUGGAGGUGGCACUGCGCCUAACCGACGACAACAGCAGCGUCUGUGGCCAGGAAUCGUUGACAACAAUCGAUUCCUGUUCGCCAUCCGUUUCUGCUGCCUCCAACUGUGACCAGCAGCAGCAGCAGCAGCAGCAUCUGCAACUGCAACAGCAGCAGCAGCAGCACAACAGCAGCAGCAACAGCAACAAUUCCUCCGCCUCCGAGGCGCUGCAUGUCAAUUCACAAAGCAACAACUGCAACGCAACAGCAACAGCAACAUCUGCAACCACAUCCUGUUUAAUUGAUGGCGAUGCUGCAGCGGCGCCAAUUUGCACACAACCGGAGCCGGGCGCUGCUGGUAAACCGCCGGGCAGCGGUGGCUUGAUGGGUGGCAUUCUCGGUGAUUUGACCAGUGGUGAAUUUGGUGAUACAACGCGCUACUGCACCUCGGCAGUUCCUCAUCCGCCAGCGGGUGCCACGGAUGUGGCAGCAACAGCAACAACAGCAACAGCAACAAACGGCGCAUUACAUUUAAAUUUUAGCAACAAUAACAGCAGCAACAACGGCAGCAGCAACAACAGCAGCAGCAAUCACAAUAUGAACCAUCUUAAUCAUCAUCAUCAUCAUGCGCAGCAUCAUCAUCAUCCGCAUCAUCAUCAGCAUCACUUGCAUCACCUGCACCAGCAGCAGCAACAUGCGGCAGCUGCAGCAGCAGCUGCCUCUGCCUCAGCCUCAUCGACGACGCAACACAGCGGCCUCAUCCAGUGCAAUGCGGCGGGCGCAGCAGCGGCGUCUGCGGCAAGUGGCGGUGGCAACAACAGCAACUCAACAGCAACCACAUAGUGUGACUAGCAGCAGCAGCAGCAGCAACAAAAACAACAGCAACAGCAGCAACAACAACAAACAAAACAAAAAACAUUAGAAAUAUUAGAAUUACGCAAAAAUGUUAUUUAAUGUUAUUACUUCUAUGAUCCUAAAGUUAAAAAAUAUUGUAAAAAUAAUAAAAACAAAACAACAACAAAAAAAAACAAACAGAACACAAGAAAUUGUAAGACACAUUUAUCGAUAAACGAUAAACGAUAGUCGGUUUGCAGUUCAAAACAGUUGCGUAGUUCCAUAGAGCACACACACACAGACACACACAUACACAGACACACACACACUCACACUCACACACACACACGCACACACACACACAGACACACAUGUUCAUUCUAGAGUUGAUAUAUUUAGUGAGCUGCAAGCUUCGACUUAGACAUAGAAUGAGAUAAAGAUCGAGAUGAAGAUCGAGAUCGAGCGAGAAGGAAGCUGGGUCUCCUGCUAUGACGCUUAAAAGGCUUUAUAACGUAUAUAUUUGCCCACUUGCCCCAAACCAACCAACCACAUCCCCUCCUCGCCCUGCCCCCGCCCACGACAGAAAUGACAGUUAAUAAAGGCAUAGCCUGAAAGGCAACUAAAUAAAUACAAAAGCACUUUAGUUCUAAAACGAACGAAACACAAAAGUUGAUAAACAAAAAGAAACUAGUUAAUAAUAAAACAAACACAAAUUGUAAAAAAUAUAAUUACUACUACAAACACAACACACACACACACUCACACACAACUUUAUUGACGCACGGUCACACUGGUAGCUUUAACAAUCCAAAAACAAAAACAAACAAAAAACUGGAAAGUCCCUUUUCAACUAUUUUAACUACUAUUUAACUACAAUCUAUUUGUAUUUUUUUCUGCUUCCUGUCGAGCGAGAGGGAAAAAAAGAAGUAUUAAUUGCAAUGCAGAUUUCUUUAGUGUUAUUUUUUACGACUGUUUUAAUUCGUAGCGAAACAAAAAAAUCGAAAACAAACCAUGAUAAUAUAUACAAAUACCUCAAUAAAUAUUUAAAUGUGCAUAGCCAAACAUAUUUAUAUAUAAAUAUAUAUAUGUGUGUAUAUAUUUAUAUACAAUUCGAUUAUGAAUUAACGCUUUGUUUUCUCCUUUUUCUUUUAGCAUUUAACUGAAAGAUUCCUUUGCGUUUUCAUUGUUUAACUAUUAAUUAACUAAACCAAAAGCUUUACUUGGAGUUAUGCACAUUUAAAUGUAUUUUAAGCAUAAAUGUUUGGGGCUGAUAUAACACACACACUACUAUACAAUUAUAUCUUUUUAAGAUCGUAUCUCAAAACACUUUUUUUUGGUUUCGUUUUUGUUGUUUCCCCUUUCAAAAUGUUCGCUAAGCUUGCUUUUGGGCUGUAAUCGACCUUUCGCCAAUUCUUAAGCGACUCACUAACUAAAGAGAGCACUUGAACUUACUAUAGACUAUUCCUAUAGCAUAUAUAUAUAUAUAUGAAUAUAUAUGUUUAUUUAUGACAAACAAAGAAACACACGCUCUUAACUUGUACUUCUCUUCACAGAUGCGAAGAUGCCUGAAAACCAAUCAAUAUAUAAAAAGAAAAAUGUAUGCACCAAAUGUAUCUACACGACUCAUGUAACCCGCACACCGAAUGUUGCACCCGAUUUUAGACUAGCCAAAAAUAAUAAAGUGUUGAAAACAUGCUGAGUAUAUUAAAGAAAACAAAAAUCAAGAAGAAAAAUACGACUUGAAUAAAUUAACAAAGGCAAUGAAGAUAAUUUACUUUAAAAAACAAACAAAACUAAACGAAACUAAAAUAUGAAAUAACAACAAAUUGUUCAGUGUAUACUAGAAUGUUGUAUGUGUGUGUGUGUGUGAGUGUGUGUAUGCGUGUGUGUGUUAGACUGCGUGUGUGUGUGUGUGCAAAAAGCGCUUUAGAUGGGAAUCUUCUCUCCAGCUUUCCAGUAGUUGAACCCAUUCACAUUCGAAGCUCACAGAAAACAGUCCAAGCUUUAGCUAACCCACAAAAUACAAUUUUCGAUUCGUUGAACACACAAGAAAACAAAAACAAAAAACAAAAAACGAAAAACAAAUAAAAAAAAUAUAUAUGAACUAUUUACAAAGAAUGCGGAUGAAAAAUUGAAUUUGAAUUGAACGUGGAAAUGCACAGCACGGAAUCAACUUGAUUUGUGCCAGUUUCCAACUGGAAUUAAGCAAAGCGACACAUUUUAUGACAAAAAGACAAAAUACAAAAAAAAAAAAAAACCAAAUACAAAAAA